AUGGACCACAACCUACUGCGAUUGAUCGUCACCGUGGGCGAAUUUUUCGCAAUCACGCCGUCAAAAAACAAAAUCGUAACGAAAAUCUACGCUACUUGUUUUAUUCCCGUUUUAAUGACUGCGUCAACGGUUUCUGUUAUUUAUUACCGGCAACCACUUUACGUCAAUUUCUCCCCAAUCAAGUUGGUCGUUACCAUAGCAAUGGUGUUGAUUGUCAACCUGUUCAAUUGUUACACAGUCCUGGCACCAGUUUUCUGUAAACGCCAACAGUACGGCCAACUUAUGGCAAAGUUGGUGGAAAAUCACCACAAACCUGAUUUUCGCACUUGUGGCAAGUUUUUGGCGCCAAAUUUGAUAUACUGGGUGGUUACGAUUUACGUAGCUUACGUUUGGACGGAUAUUUUGGGGUUUAAUUACUACAAGGAGUAUUUCGUUGAAGUGGUACAACUGUACUUUCAAUUCUACUAUAAUUAUUUUUUGUGCGUUGUUGUGGCGAUUUUUUGGGGGAAGUACCGGAAUGUUAAUUUUUUGUUGGCCGAGCAGUUGGUACACAUGCAAAGUCGGCCAUUUGUGGACCAUGACAGGUUCCACGCGUUCAUUAAACGAGUGGAAGGCUUAAUAUGUUCAAUAAAAGAGUUAAAUAUGAUUUUUAACGAUGUUUUUGGGUGGCCUAUAAUUAUGAUUGUUUUGUACUCAAGUUUGCUCCUCUUAAACUAUUUGGACGAUAUUUUUAAAAAUAGCUUUGGCUACGACAAUCAGCAAUACCUUGGAGUCAUUAUUUCGAAUAUAAGUGUCGUUUUUUUGACAACUGUUGGUACCACAAUCCUGAUUUUACUGUGUGAUUCGGUCUUGGAAGAAGUAAAAACCACAAUUUUGCUGGCGUACAAGAUACGACAAUACGCCGUGUCAAAAGAAAAGAAAGAAAUUUACGAAUUUAUUAAUGUGGUCCUCAAUAAUUCGCCCCAAUUCACAGCGGCUGGAUUUUUUUCCAUAAACAAAACCACGAUUUUUCACAUGAUGGGCACCGUAACAACAUUUUUUAUCAUAAUUAUACAAUUCAAUACCAACAUGCGAGUUUAG